GCUCGAGCUCUCGGUCGCAUACGCUGCUCGCGAGUGGUAGAGAGUGGGUGUGUUGUGAAUACGAUAUUUGAAGAUGCUCUGGCAAUUUCUAGUUGGAUAAAUUUUAAAAUCUCUGAAAUUAGUGCGGAGAUCAUGUCAGCUCAAGAAUUCCAGUUUAUUCCCCCUCCGGAGGCCCCAAUUUUUCGUCCUACUUGGGAAGAAUUCCAAGACGCCCUUCAAUAUAUUAAUAAAAUUCGACCUGUCGCAGAACAAUACGGAAUCUGCAAAAUUAUCCCACCCCCGGACUGGCAGCCACCUUUUGCUGUUGAUGUUGACAACUUCAAGUUCACUCCACGCAUCCAGAGGCUCAAUGAGCUUGAGGCCCACACUCGUAUCAAACUCAACUUCCUUGACCAAAUUGCCAAGUUCUGGGAACUGCAAGGUUCAUCUCUGAAGAUCCCUGUGGUAGAGAAAAAGGCUCUUGAUCUCUAUUCUCUCCACAAGAAAGUGCAAGAAGCUGGAGGUGGAGACGCUGUUACUCGGGCGCGGAGCUGGACAAAGAUAGCCUUCAGUCUGGGCUUCAGCAGCAACAGGAAUCACAUUGGUACUACCCUCAAGCAGCUCUAUGAGAGAAUCUUGCAGCCCUUUGAUAUCUUCAACAGGAGCAAGGAAGUCCCUUUGGGUGAGGACCAGAGUUGCACAGACAAUGACCCGGACUUUGUGGCAGAGCCAAAAGAUUACAAGCCUCACCAAAUUCCCAGUCGCAUGGCGGGAAAAAUACCAGAGAAUGAGAAGAAUGGACGCAGGAGUCGGCGUUAUCAUGCAUCGGGAGAGGAGGAAGAUGAUGGGUGCUCAUCCAAUGCCAAGGAACUGCAGCGGCUGCAAUUCAAGGGGCCAGGUCCCAAAAAUGCUGAUAUGGACAAGGAAACUAAAAACAAAGGCAGGAACCGUCGAACCAUCUUCUACGAUCAUGACCCUCUUGCCAAGUAUAUUUGUCUGAACUGUGGGCGUGGUGAUGCAGAGGAGCACAUGCUGCUCUGUGAUGGUUGUGAUGACUCCUACCACACCUUCUGCCUCAUGCCCAGCCUCACUGAAAUACCUAAAGGUGACUGGCGAUGCCCAAAGUGUGUGGCCGUAGAAGUGAGCAAGCCACUCGAGGCAUUUGGCUUUGAACAGGCACAGAAGGAGUACAACUUGCAGUCGUUCGGGGAGAUGGCAGAUAAAUUCAAGCAGGAUUACUUCAACAUGCCCGUCCAUCUGGUACCCACGUCAAUGGCAGAGCGAGAGUUCUGGCGCAUCGUGUCAUCAAUUGACGAGGACGUGACGGUGGAGUACGGCGCUGACCUGCACACCAUGGACCACGGCUCAGGCUUCCCCACACACCACUCCAACAACCUCAUGCCCGCUGAUCAGGUGUAUGCAAACGACAGUUGGAACCUGAACAACCUGCCGGUGCAAGAAGGCUCGGUGCUGGCGCACAUCGGGUGCGAUAUCAGCGGCAUGAAGGUGCCUUGGAUGUACGUAGGCAUGUGCUUCAGUACCUUCUGCUGGCACAACGAGGACCACUGGAGCUACAGCAUCAAUUACCUCCACUGGGGCGAGCCUAAAACUUGGUACGGAGUGCCAGGUGGAGAAGCAGAAAAAUUUGAAGCUUGCAUGAAGAGUGCGGCGCCUGAGCUGUUCGAGAGCCAACCUGACCUUCUGCAUCAGCUCGUCACAAUCAUGAACCCUAACAUCCUCAUGCGAGAUGACGUGCCCAUCGUUCGUUGUGACCAACAUGCCGGGGAGUUCGUAAUCACUUUCCCCCGGUCAUACCACGCCGGGUUCAAUCAAGGUUACAAUUUUGCGGAGGCCGUGAACUUCGCACCUCCGGACUGGCUAGCCAUAGGCCGCGAAUGCAUCGAUCACUACAGCAAACUGAAGCGAUAUUGUGUGUUUUCCCAUGAUGAGCUUGUGUGUAAGAUGGCGUCGUCUCCCGAGUCUCUGGAACUCACCGUUGCUGCCGCGACUUACCAAGAUCUUCUUAAGAUGGUUGAUGGCGAGAAGCGUCAACGCAAAGCCUUACUGCAGUGGGGCGUGAAAGCAGCAGAACGAGACGCGUUUGAACUGCUGCCCGACGACGAGCGCCAGUGCGAGUUCUGUAAGACCACGUGCUUCUUGUCGGCCGUGACCUGCAGCUGCUGUCCCUCCAAGCUUGUGUGUCUCAGGCAUCAUAAGAGCCUGUGUGACUGUCCUGCUUCCCAGCACGUGCUCAGGUACCGCUAUACUCUGGACGAGCUUCCUCCUAUGCUACAACAACUGAAGCAGCGAGCUGAGUCUUUCGACCACUGGGCAUCUGAAGUGAAGCGCGCCCUUGAGGUUAAAAAACCUCAGGAAAAACUCGAGUUGGAUGAGCUGCGGGCCCUUGUGACCACGGCGGAGGAGCGACGCUUCCCUGACAACGAGCUGCUGGGAGCCUUGCUGGCCGCCGUGGCUGAGGCUGAUAAAUGUGCUGCUGUCGCUGCGCAUCUCAACGCUAAGAAAGUCAGGACCAGAACGCGGGGCAGCGGCGACCCCAAAAGUCGCCUCACAUUGGAAGAACUUCAGCUCUUCUAUGACCAGAUUUGUUCGCUUGCUUGCUCCAUUAAGGAGGGUGAAGGCGUCAAGGAAAUCCUCGACACCGUCGUUGACUACCAGCGUAAGGCGGCUGAGGCGUUGGUGGAAAGCGACCGCUGGCUCGCGGAGUACGUGAUGCGGGAGGACGAAACAAGUGAUGCUAAAUCUCAACACGAACUUGAUGCUAAGAAGUCCAAGCGCAAGAAAAAGCCUCUUGCUAACACCAAAGAAGACGCUGAUGCAAAAGAAGUGGACUCGAAAGAGGAAAUAAAGAACGAAGACGAGAAGGAAGAUGGCGACAAAGUGGAUGAAACAGACGAUGAUAGCGUACACAGUGAACACCUCUCAGAGCUGCUCGAGACUGGGCUGGGUCUGGAUAUUGAACUGCCUGAACUGGCGCGGCUUCGUCAUAGGCUACAGAAAGUGCAAUGGCUGGAAGAAGUGCAGGACACGCUAGAUUGCGAGAACACAGUCACGGCCGACACAGUGCGAGCCUUGCUCAACAAGUCACAUCAGUUGCCCCCGCACCGCCGUGUGGAGAGCACACGCGUCGCUCUGCAGCAACUCUGCAACGACAUCGAGGAAUAUGAUGCCAGGGCCGCCGCUCUACUGGCCAGCAAGCAGUCGACGCUGCAGGAAGCCGAGCAGAUGCUGCAGGAGGCAGGCCGCGUGCGGGCACACCUACCUGCCGUGAUCUCCCUCCGCGACGCCGUAAAGAAGGCCAGGGAGUGGAAGGCAAGAGCUGCCGCUGCCUGUAGCAAGUGUAGGGCUCCUAGCAGCGCUAAUAAUGAUGUUACCGAUGAUGCAGCGAUCGGUGAUGAUGUGUGUGGUAACGCCGUCACUAAUGGUACCAGUAAUGGUACUGGUAGUGACAACACUGGCGCCACUAAUUGUACCGAAGCGAGCAGUAAUGGAACUAACAACUCCGCUGCCAACGCCCCUGAAACCAACGAGGGAAACGCGGAUGCUCCGCGUAGCGCCUCUGAGGGAUCGUUAGCUGAGCACGUGGUACCUUCAGCACCUAUGCUGGAGGUGGUGGAGGCGUUGGUGCACAGGGCGCGCCCCAUCCCUCUUCACCUGCCGGAGCUACAUCUGCUGGAGGAGGAGGCUGCCGCUGCACAUCUCUGGCUCGAGAAAACCGCUAGAAUUUUCCUCAAGAAAAAUUCCACUUUCUCUCUUAUCGAGGUGCUGGUGCCGCGCACGGAGGUUGGUGUGAUAGGCAGCAAUAAGAGGAAGAGGUUCAAGAAGGACGAACUCACGACCGUCCAACAGGCCGCUGCUCUGCUCGACAUCACUGCACUGCAGGCUGCUAACCCAGCGAGGCUUGUUAAGGCUUAUAAGGACUGCGAGGAACGAGAGGUGAAAGCAAUGCGCGCCGUUCGUUGUCACAAGAGGACCCAGCGGGAAGACUCGUCGGCAGAAGAAAGCAUUUGUACCUGCCAUAAGCCGCCCACUGAAGACAUGAUUCUCUGCGCCCUGUGCUCGCAUUCUUAUCACGUGAGCUGUGUUCCAAGCUCGGGUUGCAGGCGUCUGGUCUCCCUUCCUCCCGCCCCCCGCUGCAGUGCCCCCCUCACCCCCACCUUCUUGUGCCCGUCCUGCCACCGCUCACGACGCCCCAAGCUUGAGACCAUCCUUGCUCUGCUGCUCGCUCUCCAGAAGAUCCACGUCAGGAUGCACGACGGUCUCAUCACGCCUCCUCAGAACAAAAACGGUUGCGGCGAGAACAAAGGCGACACCUUAUGGAGUACAAACCUCGGCCUCGUUGAGAACCAGAUGGCAGAGCCACGAAGUCCUGUAGCUGCUGCUGGUGUAGUCACCCAGAGCGUCGUGUGUUCUGUCUUGUCUACUCUGGUGGAGAAACCUGAUGAUCCUUUGCUUGAGAUCGACGAGGCCACGCGUAAGGAGAUGCUCGAGGUGGUGCUUGAGGGAGAACUACUUGAGGUUACCAUGGAGGAGACGACCAGCAUCUGGCAGCUGCUGCAGCUGGCGCUGAUGCCCGUCGCUGCCGUGGCCCACGUUGUCAUGGAGAUAGCGGGAGUCGGGGGAGAAGAGCGCAAGGUGCAACACGCUCACAAGAAGAGGAAAUCCCAGGAUGUCGAUAUGAAUUCCUCUAGGAAUGUCAAUAAAUCCCCAAAGCGGCUGAAGCUUGCUGGGGGAAAUGAUCUCAGUAAUGGUGGCAAUAAUGAUUCAUCUAAUGCUAGCAGUAAACAAAGCAGCGCCAUUAAGUCCUCUAAUGCUGACGAUAUUAUCAAGAAAUCUUUCAAGAAAAAGUCCAAUUCCAUGAGUAAGUUACCCGACGGGAAAAGGAAAGACGGUAUCAUUGUGUCCUCGGGAAUCAUUAAGAAAAAGCGUCCUCUUGUCUCUAGUCUUUCAAGCGGAAAUAUUAUGAAUAACAAACCACAAAACACGAAAUCUCCAUCCUCUCCUCACAAGAAACCAGCCCCGGGACCACUAUCCUCGAAAACUCCCAAGCCGCCACCAGGCCCGGCAUUUAUUAAACCCGCCUCCGGACCCGUAUGUUCUAAACCUCCAGGACCAGCGUCGUCUAAACACCAUGGGCCCAAGAAGAAGAAAUCAAGCACCCCAUCGUCCAGCAGCAGCUCUGACGACGACGAUGUUUGUGCUGCGGCGCGCUGCAAAAUCCCUGUAGGUGCCGCCGUGGACUGGGUUCAGUGCGACGAAUGUAACGGCUGGUUCCACUACGUCUGCGUGGGGCUCAAGCAAACCGACCUUAGGGAGGAUGAGGAUUAUAUCUGCGUCACCUGCAGCGGAGCCAACCCCUCGCGAGCUAAGGCAUCGGCCACGGCUUCGAGAUGUUAGAAGAUUAUAAUCCGCUGCACCUUGACGGAUUUUCUUGUGGUCGCUGCCUAAUUUUGUUGCGCGCUCGCCACGUGAAGGAAUGUUCACUUCACGAUUCUCAACUGUACCAAACAGUUACUUGCAUUAAAGCUUUACUGGCGUGCUGUAUUAUCGAGGAAGACUAACCAAGGGACCUCUACUAAAAAUCAUUGAUCUCGAGUCCUUUUCUUUUGUAGAUAGAAUAGCUUUCGGUGUGGGGUAGCCGGUCUCAUUGCUGUAUUAUAACUGAGUUCUAUCGGUAGGGUUGAAAUAAAAAUCCUUAUCUUCUCGAUUCUUCGACUCGGGGAAACAUCCAGCUAAUGUUACUUCUCAUCAGAAUUCUUGCAGACAAGAAAAUUAAUGAAUAUUUUAGAAUUUAAUUUGUUGAUCGAAAAAUUAAUAAUUGAGUUGCUCUGAGACAGGCGAGUAAUACGCAAUCAUUCAUGCAGAAGCAUCACUACGGCUAACGUAUCUCGAAUAAUCACGUUAAGAUUAAAUUAAAAUUUAUAAAGAAGUCACUUUUGCUCGUUUUUGAUCCUGUGGUGCAUAGCGGAUGACUAAGUUAGUCGCAUUUGCCUCGAGUGCCGUUGUCUACAGUUAACAGUAAUUUAUUAUAACCUAUCUAGGUAAGCUACCGUCUCCUGAACUGAUCGAUUAUAAAUAAAAAAUCCAAAGCAAAAAAAAAGGCAAAUAUUCGAAAGGCACGUAAAAAGAAGCUUGUCCGGUACUGAAGAUAGCAGAUACAAAUUGUGUGUAUUAACUUUAAGUGUCCUUAGAUUUGAGCUUUAGUAAGAGGAUCCAUCUCGUAUUUAGGACCUCUUCCCUGUGCGCAGGUCCUCAAUUAUGAGCUUUUAUCUGUCAGUAGUCAGUAGUAGUUGCAGUUUCUUUCAAUAACGUAGUAUUUGGCAGACUUUGUUCGUUCCGUUAUUUUUCGCUUGUGAAUUGUGUGCGUAUUUUUUCGGGCUGAAAAUAUUCACAAAUUUAUUUCGGAAGCCUUUGCUUUCACGAGAAUACCGUCUCAAUGUUUUGAUCGUAUCUAUAUAAGCGUGUAUUAUCAAUGUUUUGAGCUUAACUCCUAAUGCACUCCUUGCGCUACAAUUGCAUGAAGCAUUUAUACAGCAAGACCCCUGACCUUGUAAAGAACCGUUGCUAUCAUGCAGUAAAUUACCGUAAAAACGUACGGUAUUCAUAGAUUUGUCAGUGGGGGUUUCAUCAUGAAUAUCUAGUGUAUGGUAGCCUCGCUCAUUACCGUGUUGAUUCUGCUUCACCGUUCGCUGAACGCUUUGGGAUAAUAGAUUUCAUUAUUAUUAUCGAAGCAUCGUGGAUGAUAGAUUUCAUUAUAAUUGUCGAAUCAUCGUCGAUGAUAGCUUUCAUUAUAAUUAUCGAAUCGUCGAGUAUGAUAGAUUUAAUCAUUAUUGUCGAAUCGUCGUGGAUGAUUAUUUGAGCAUUGAUUCAUUCGUACGAUGUAUGCACUCAAGCCUGCUGCGGAGUUCCUUUAGCCUCUCAUUUGUGUAAUUUUUUCCUUGCUGACUUAUUCGAUGCGUUCAUCGUAGUUAGCGAUAUUUCCUUACGAGUCCCUACAGCUCCUCCCAUAAAUAGGGAUUUCCAAGUUAAGAUUCACUGUUUGUCCUGCAAAGUAUGUUUUGAGAUUCCCGUGAUUAAAUCGACUGAAAUUUACACUUGUUGGCUUGGUGGCAAUUCCAAUUAAUUUUUCCUUUCUUUUUCUCGACUGAGUUGUUUUCUUGCCAAUUGUAUCAUAAUUGGACCAGGUAAUUUUUAGAUGGAAUGGAGUAUACGGUUAUCUGCAUGUAAAAAUUACAGUAAUUAAAAUAUCUUGAGUGCAUUGCGUUAUGUCAAGAUAUGUUAAUAUUUUUCUAUGCCCAGCUGCUGAAAAGUAUUUUUUUUUUUUCAUUAUCUGACUUUUCAAAGUUCAAUUGGUACUGCGUCUCUUAACACUUAAUUGGCAGUUGCUUGCAACUCGCCUCACUUUGACGAUCUUUGAUUGUUAUGCUGAUAAAAAAUGUUUGGUUUAAUGCGACUUGAAUUGGCCAUGUGCUACUCUUCCGUAAUUGGGUAAAAAAACUAAUUCGUCCUUUCAAGUUGAUAAUUAUUAAAUUUUGCUGUAACAUUUGAAUCGAUUGAAUUUGACCACAGUAUUUUGCUCCAUUUUUUAUUUCUGUGAUAAUUUACAUCAUUUCUUUCCCUGUCUCGAUAAUUUGAAAAAGUCCACCUCACGAAAAUAUGUUUAACUUCGUAGUAGGGGUAUCGCUUGUUCUCGGUGCGAUGCUUUCUUUAUUUUCUAUGAACAAAAACAAUUUUAUUUCCCAUUGAUCAAUUUGUCCCUUGUGAGUGUCAAACUUAUUGGUUAUUUUGCGAUGCUUGUACUUCCUUCGUUAUUGACGUUCACGUGCAUUUCACUCAAUGUUAAGCGAUUGUAAUUGUUCUUCACGGAGGCAUUUUGGUAUGCAGAUAAUUUCAAAUACCCGUGGGGAGGUUUUUAUUUUUUUGAUAAUGAUUUAAUUACUGUUGAAAUUUGCAUCCCAGCGUUGAAAUUAUUUGCAGAUUUCAAAAGAAUGCGUUCACAGUUUUGUUUCGAAUAUUGAACUUGUUUAAGAAGUUAAUGCUGUCGUAAGACUGACGCUAGCAUGGUGGCUUCUGUAUUCUUUCCUAAUUAAGUAUAGGAUU